AAAAUCGCAGGUAAACAUUAAAUCAGGCAGCAUUAAAAGAGAGAUCGCGCGUUCUAAAAAAUGGCUUUGAAUCCAAACUACGAAGAAAUUGGUAAAACCUUCAUCACCCAAUACUAUGCGCUGUUCGACGAUCCGGCAAACCGACCCGGUUUGGUGAAUCUGUACAACCCGGAGCUUUCGUUCAUGACCUUCGAAGGGCAGCAAAUACAAGGUUCCGCCAAGAUUCUGGAGAAACUACAGAGUCUCUCAUUCCAAAACAUAAAGCGGGUGCUGACGGCGGUAGAUUCGCAACCAAUGUUCGAUGGCAGUAUUCUGAUUAACGUCCUCGGCCGACUUCAAUGUGAUGAUGACCCACCGCACGCUUACUCGCAAACCUUUGUACUGAAACCCGCGGGAACGUCCUUCUUCUGUGCGCACGAUAUAUUCCGUCUCAACAUUCACAAUUCGGCUUAAGUUGCAAUCUGAGUCUUGCUCCUCCGAAGAGACCGUCUGCCGGCUGCCGAUACAUCGUGCGUACCUCUACAUCACCAACAUUCGAAACGAUGCCGGAAAAUAGCUUCAACAUUCUUUAUUCGGUAUCUACGAAGCAUUAUUGGAAUAACGGAACCGCAGAUUACCUCCACCCCAAUAGACUUGAUUGCAUUCGCUCUUAUCUUAGCAACUAUUCACAUUCCAAUGCGUUUUACAAUAGCACUGGCCUCGUUAACGAAAGCUGUCCCUAAGCCCAGAAACACGGUCCAUCCGUUGACUCCAGAAACGUGGCGCGAAGCACUAGGCAGCUUCUUUAAGCCUGAUUAACGACGUGGCAUAUCUCAAUAGCAUCAGCGGCGCCUAGUACAGGAGCGGUUCAAGGAUUACGGAAACCGUAACGAAGGGAAGCCAAAGAUUUGUCAAUAUCAUUGGUUUAUCUAAGACUGGCCAUUAAAAAAAAUCAAAGAAAGAAAGAAGAUGUAGAGUGGCAAGAGAGUACGUUAGCCACAGUUCUGGUAGAGAAUAAAACUCAAAGUCUCCGAUAAA